CAAAUCAUUAUUAAGACAUCGCCAAUGUAAAAGUGAUUGGAAGCAACUACAACCUCCUCACCGUUUCAUGCGGGUGAUUCCAGACGAUAGUAAGCUUCCCAAAGAUCAAGUUGACAAAGUUAUUUUUUGUUCUGGCAAAUUUUAUUUUGAUUUGUUGGAACAACGAGAGUCUAUGCCAUCAUCUUCUGCUGUUUUGAUACGUUUGGAGCAGUUGGCACCAUUUCCUUUUCAAGAGGUUGUCAUUUUAUCUCUACGUCAAUAUCCAUCGGCUAGAAUCAUUUGGUGUCAAGAAGAACCCAAAAAUAUGGGGGCAUAUAGUUAUAUAAAACCCAGAAUGGAAGCCUGCAUUCGUUACGACAACAAUAUUCGUACAGUAGAAUACAUAGGAAGACCAUCGAGUGCAGCAGCAUCCACAGGUAUCUAUUCCUUAUUUCAAAAACAACAACAAUAUUGGGCUCAACAAGCAUUAUCCGAAUAAAAGUCGAUAUGUGUGCCAUUUUCAUAUCUAUCCGUUUCCAAUAUGCCUAUCAAUUUUCGAGCCGACUCAUGAGGAAGCACUAGCUGUUGUUCUUUCCAUAACUGGACCAUUUGAGUCUUUAAAUGGCCCAAAGGAAGUCCUUCACGUAAAGUGGUUUGCAUAUCCGUUUCCAUAGGUCCAGGUGCGUAGUUCAAGGUUCUUAUAUCACUAUGUUCACAAGCAACCAUUUCCAUAUGCAUAUUUUUAGCUGCCUUUCCCAUACAAUAUAAGCCGCAAUAUUCCAAUGGCUCAAUCGCUGCUAAAGAUGAGAUAUGUAUAAUAUGUCUCAAUGAGUUGCGAAGCAAUCUUAUAUACUGAUUCGUUAAAUACACAGUAGUAUGCACAUUCUCAUGGAAAUAACAAGAUAUGGUAUUCAAGGUCACAUUCUUCUAAAGGACCCAAGGGACCCAGCGUUCCUGCAUUAUUCACGAGAUAACUGGAAGAAUAACUAUUCGCUUCCUCUUGUUGAAAUAGGGAGGCUAUAUCAGAUUGUACUGAAGAACAAUUCAAAUCAAGAACUUUUCCUGUAACAUACACUGUAUGAAAAGGUCAAA